UGGAGAUCUGGUCGGUCCGCAGAGCCCAAAGAGGCAACCAGCUCAUCCUAAAGCAGUCGCCUGUCUUUGGCAUAAGGAGGGGCUCUCCAGGCUACGUGGGCUGUUGGCCAGUCCGCAUUGAGUACCGCAAGGACACAGUCACCCUGCACGUCCCAAACGAGUUCAGACCCUGGGUAGACGUCAAGCCCGUGAAAGCUAUAAAAGCGAAGGCCCAGUACAAGCCGCCAGAGGAGAAAAUGAUCCAUGAAACCAGUUACAGUGCUCAAUUCAAGGGGGAAACCAGUAAGCCUGCUCCGGCCGACAACAAAUUCCUGGAGCGCAGAAGGAUACGCACUCUCUACAGCGAACCCUACAAAGAACCACCAAAGGUGGAAAAGCCUAGCGUAAAGCCUUCCAAACCAAAAAAGACCACAACAAGCCAUAAACCCCUGAAAAAGGCCAAAGACAAGCAGAUUGCAUCUGGCCGGGCUGCCAAGAAAAAGAGCGCCGAGACCUCCAACACAGCAAAGCCAGAGGACAAGGAGAAAAGUAAAGAGAUGAACAAUAAACUGGCUGAGGCAAAAGAGUAAAUGUCACUGCACUUUCCUUUCUUUCUCAUUUUUUUUUUCCUUUUCUUUCUUUCUUUCUUCCUUUCUUCCUUUUUUUUUUCUUUGAUUAAAUAAAGGCCACAAAAUUAAUUAGAGGCUUCUAAUCUGCUUUUUGUUCUGAUUGUAUUAGAAGCUUUUCUGUUUUAUUUCCAAGGAGGAUUAGGAAAUCCUUGUUCUGAGGUCAGGUUGUUCUGCUUUGCCUGCACAACAUGGCUCUGCACAGAGUGAGGGACGUGGGAAUGCACAAGCAGGGUCGUAGGAGAUGAAGGUGAUGGUUCAACCGUGAUUGCGUCCCCACAGCCUGUCCUUUUCCUCAGGCUUGGUCCUUCAGCGCUUUGAAGGCGUGGAAUGCCCGCUGAGCCAUGGAGGGGCUGUGGUUUCAUCCGUGAGGUCCUUUUGGGGUUGGCCGUUGUUCGGUCAUCUCCCACUGGUGUCAGCAGGUGAAAGGUUUUGGAGGCAGAGAGGAUCAGAAGUUCAUUCGUGGUGCCGUGGAUCUGCUAUAAAUCCACCAGAAUCAGUGGUGUGGAAAAAAAUGGUGACACUGGUGGGAUUUUUGCUCCAAGAAACCAUGGGAAGGGAGAUCCCAUGCAAAUAGAGGGCCAGAUCCCCGCCCAGGGUAGCUGGGGGGAUGGUCUAGCUGCAUCAAGGCAGCUU